UAAUUGAAAUCGGACCGCCCAAUUAGUUGUUCGGGCCAUAUAAUUGAACAAGCCCAAUAUCCAAUUGAAUUCAAUAUAAACCACCACAACCCUCCGUCAGUUAGGGUUUUACUGGCUGCAGCGAUUUGGAGAAGUUCGUCGCAUCAACGUCUUGAAGAAGAAACUCAAAUCGCAGCCAUGUCUCUGGUAGCAAAUGAAGAUUUUCAGCAUAUUCUUCGUGUACAGAACACGAAUGUUGAUGGAAAGCAAAAGAUCAUGUUUGCUAUGACCUCCAUUAAAGGUAUCGGUCGUCGAUUCGCAAACAUUGUCUGCAAGAAGGCCGACGUUGAUAUGAACAAGAGGGCGGGAGAACUUUCAAAUGCUGAGAUUGAUAACCUCAUGACAAUUGUCGCAAAUCCAAGACAAUUCAAAAUCCCAGAUUGGUUUCUUAACAGAAAGAAGGAUUACAAAGAUGGAAAGUACUCUCAAGUCACAUCUAAUGCUCUCGACAUGAAGCUCAGGGAUGAUCUUGAGCGAUUGAAGAAGAUCAGGAAUCACCGUGGUCUUCGUCAUUACUGGGGUCUCCGAGUACGUGGUCAACACACCAAGACUACUGGUCGUAGGGGAAAGACUGUUGGUGUGUCCAAGAAGAGAUAAGUGUCUUUUUAAAUUUUGUUUUGGGAAAUCCCUUAAAGUUGUUAUUUGCAUCAGAUUUAGAAGAUUGUUAUGAUUGUGGGGUAAAAGCUGUUAUGUUAUGCUUGUAUUUUUUUGGAUUCUUUAUCGGAGAGGUUUUUAUUUUUACAUUUAAGGGUUGAUUGUAAUGAGUGAAUGUGAUCUGACCUCUUUUUUUUCCCCAAUGUGCACUUCUACAAAAUAGAUGGGUUAAGUUUAAACUGGGCCUCUGCUGUUGACCCAAACAUGGCCCAAAAUUUUAACCCGGUUUAGAAACCAUGUUUUGGAUUCAUCGUUUAUAUCAUUGAGCUUCAAGUCUUCAUCGAGC